AUGUAUGGCCAUGGAGUAGUGUUUGUGCUGCAAUUCCAGACGUUGACAAUCUGCCGACAGAUUGAAGCCUUGCAUCGCACAAAUAGCCUGGCUGUUUCGAAUAUCUUUUCUCUCAAGAUUUGUAUCGACCGCGUUGAAAAGCAUGGCAAUCUGCUACGUCGUCGGAAUGCCACGAGCUGCACAAAGAUUGAUUCCAUAUCCCCCAAGCUCUUGGGGGCCUUCUUUGGCAAUAUUCACCUCCAAGUUAGACCUACAGGCUGCCGAGGCGUAGUAAUGCAUCAAGCAGUCUUAUUGCUUGCUCAUGAAGUGAUCCCCGUGUGA